AUGUCCUGCCCCGACUGCUUUCGCGGCGCUAUCCACACCCAUUCCGAGCCCACGGGCAAGAUCGAGACCCUCCAUGGCAUCAAUACCUACGUGGCCGGAGGCAGCGACCCCGCGCGUUCCAAGUCCGCCAUCAUCUAUCUCCCUGACGCCUUCUCCCUGAAGCUGGUCAACAACAAAAUUCUGGCGGACAAAUACGCCUCCGUGACCGGCUGCAAGGUCUUGAUCCCGGACGUCGUCUAUGCAGGCGGCAUGCCGCCCGCCGUGAUGCACAAGAUGGAACAACUGUUGGGCAGCUCGCUGAGCCUCACCAACUUCUUGUCCAAGGCCUACACGGCGCUGACUCUCCUGCCGCACGCGGUCCCGUUCCUGAUCUGGGGUCACCCAAAGAACGUGUACCCGACCAUCCUAAAAUUCGCGCGCGACGUGCGAGCGGAGCUGCCUGAAGGAGGGAAGCUCGGAGUCGCGGGCUUUUGCUGGGGCGCGUGGCCGGCCACGAAGCUGUGCACGGAACCGGCCGUGGAAGGAGGGCAGGAGCGCCUGAUUGACGCGCAGUUCAACGGCCACCCGUCGUACAUCAUCAAGGAACCGCACAUGGUCGUAGACGCGGUCAAGGCGUUCAAGACCCCCUACGCGUCCGCGGUCGCCGAGAAGGAUUUCCAGUUCAACGCCGAUGUCGCCGCCAAGACGGAGGCCCAGUUGAGAGAGGCCCUCGACGGAAGCAGUAUCGACGGGGCGAACGGCUAUAUCUACGAGUUCCGAAUCUACAAGGACGCCACCCAUGGAUUCUGCGUCAAGGCCCGCGAGGAGGAUAUGCAGCACUACCACGACGCAGCGAAGCAGGCCACGGACUGGUUCAACAUGUAUUUAAACUGA